AUGAGUACUUUCGAACCAGUUGUUGUCAUUGACGGUAAGGGUCACCUUUUGGGUCGUCUCGCCUCCACUGUUGCCAAGCAAUUGUUGGAUGGUCAAAAGAUUGUUGUUGUCAGAGCUGAAUCUCUCAACAUUUCUGGUGAAUUCUUCAGAAACAAGUUGAAGUACUACGACUACUUGAGAAAGGGUACCAGAUUCAACAAGACUCGUGGUCCAUUCCACUUCCGUGCCCCAUCUAGAAUCUUCUUCAAGGCUGUCAAGGGUAUGGUCCAACACAAGACUGCCAGAGGUAAGGCUGCUUUGGAAAGAUUGAAGGUCUUCGAAGGUGUCCCACCACCAUACGACAAGAAGAAGAGAGUUGUUGUCCCACAAGCUCUCAGAGUCUUGAGAUUGAAGCCAGGUAGAAAAUACACCACCAUUGGUAAGUUGUCUUCCGAAGUUGGCUGGAAAUACGAAGACGUUGUCGCCAAGUUGGAAGAAAAGAGAAAGGUUAAGUCUGCUGAAUAUUACGCCAAGAAGAAGGCUUUGAUCAAGAAGCAAUCCGCUGCCGUCGCUGCCGUUGCCGAAACCAAGGUUGGUAAAGAAUUGGCUGCUCUCGGUUACUAA